CAUUGUUAACAAGGCCUCUGGAAAAUGAAGGAAGCGAUCUGAUUGGUUGCCAUGGGCAACUGGGCAACUUUUUCUCCUCACAAAACAGGCUGGAGUUACACUUUAAUCGGAUCUCAUGACGGGCGGGGUCCCUCGCCGUACUCCAACUAGACACCCCCCGUAUACCGUAGGGGCCCCUCCCCCACAGGAUCUGAAGAGACGACAAUUGGCAGAAGCCGCGGAGAAAAGACAGAUGGAAAAACUGCGGAGACGAGACGUAGCCGGGAAAAGUCUCAAUGAUGCCUUGGGCCUGGUGGAGAAGACACGGAAAAGUGAACGAAUGCGAUCAGAGAAGACGGCACCUGCCGCGUCUCGAGGAAUCAAGAACCCGAUGUCUGUGGAACAAAAGAAGAAGAAGAGUCAAGAAGUCGACAAUAUGGCGGGCCAUUCUGGAGGUGGAGGCGGUGGAGGGCUGCGGUGGCAAGUCGGCUAAGAAUCGUGAAGGCUGCAGAAGGCGACAGCCGCAGAUACCAUAUGUGGAAACCUACUGUUGUCUGGCUUUUGCUAUUUGCAUUUGUGGAUCCAGAAGAAGUUGGCGCAGUGUCGAGUUUUUCCCACGUUCGGCUCUUUUAAAGCCGGUUGAGAUUUGGUUCAAGGAUUUUUCCCGUUUUCUAACAUAAAUCACUUAACCCCCCAGAAGGAUCUGUUAUUUAAUAUAUAGUGACUUGCAGUGCUGUUCUUAAUAUUUGCUGAAAAGUUGAUUAAACAGUUCGUGCCGUGUCCCCUCCCCCCUUCCCCAAAAACACAUUGAAAGCAGAAUUAUUGGCCGGCAUGUAGUCAGUCAACUCACCAGCUGGUGGCAGCGCUGAGGCAUGAGGCAUGGCGGCGUCACGAGCUUGUAUGAAAUUCAUGGUCGGAGCAAUGAUUCCUAAACAAGGCUGCUCCCAAAGCAUGAUGGGGGAUUGGCUGCAAUUUUUAAGGCGUUCCCUCUCAUUGUGGCUGUGCCGGGAAGCUAAAUUUUUACAUUGUUCAGUGUUAUUGGUACAUGGGGGAGACUUUGGUAUUUAUAUAAUUAUAUGUUAAUAAUUUUAUUUAAUUCAAAGUAAUUCUAUUAAAAUAUUUGAAUCAAA